AGUUGAGAUUGUUAGAUGAGUCAUGGGUGCAGUAUGUCGAUCAUUGAUCUUUUCCCAGAAGUUCAAAACGAACCCGUCAAAUUAUUUUGGAUUCUCACUUAGUUCAAUAGCGACUUGUUUUGGAUUUAUCAGAGGAAGCAACGUGGUUUGAAAGUCCAAGCCAUUGAUGGAAAGCACAGCCGCACAGGAACCAGAAGCUUUAUGAAAGUCUUCGUUGCUCAGAUAACGAGUGUUGAAGACUAAACAACCAUUUAUGUUUUUCAGUAAAUGUCAAACUGGUGGCCCCACAAAAUGGAGAAAUUCUUGUUUGACACCACCAUCAAAGUUAGCAGAUACAAUAUAAUCAUCACAUAAUCCUCAAAACAAAGAAAAUCACCCAGUUUUCCGAUAUCUUGUCAGAUCAGAGUACCAUGAACUUGUCAAAAUUCUAUUUGUGCUCUAUCCUGGUAGCACUCUGUUUCCAGGCCAGGAUGGCCUGCAAUUCAAAUGAAAUAUCAGCUCUGAAUGGUUUCUCCAAUUGUUUGACAUCAAAGAUUGAAGCUUGGAAUAGCUUCACCGCUGAUUGCUGUGCUUGGAAUGGUGUCACCUGCGACAAUUCCACUAGUUUAAGCAGAAGGGUCAUUGGACUAGAACUUGGGAGCAAGAGACUCACUGGAACAGUCUGCGAGUCCUUGGCAGAAUUGGAGCAUCUCAGAAUCCUGAACCUCUCCAAUAAUUUUCUCCACGGCACCAUUCCAAGUAAAUUGUUCAGUCUGCAGAACCUGGAGGUUCUUGAUCUGAGCAAAAAUAAUUUUGCAGGUCCAAUUCCAGCAGGUGGUGAUUUGCCUUAUGUCAGGUUUAUGGACUUGUCAAAUAAUUAUUUUGCUGGUUCUAUCAAUUCAACACUUUGUGAAAUCUCCCCUCGUAUUCAAGUUCUCAACCUGGCAAGCAACAGUUUCACUGGAGAAGUUUCAAAGGCUUUUGGAAGAUGUAGUUCUCUUCAACAUGUCUAUCUUAAUGGCAAUAGUCUAUCAGGAAGUUUUCCUGAAAGCUUAUUGCACCUGCAGGAUCUUCAGGUAUUGCAUCUUGAAGAUAACCAAUUUUCUGGACCACUGGAUGAUGGAUUAGAUAACCUCUCUAAACUUGUGGAGUUGGAUAUUUCCUACAAUAUCUUUUCUGGAAAUCUUCCUGAUGUAUUUGGGAAGCUUGGAAAGCUAGAGGAAUUCUCUGCACGUACAAAUAAAUUCACUGGCCACAUGCCUGAGUCAUUGGUGAAUUCUCCAUCGCUUAUGACUCUUGCUUUGGACAAUAAUACUCUCAAUGGUGUUAUCAAUAUCAAUUGCUCUGCCAUGAUUAAUCUCGUUUCCCUGUAUCUGGGUUCCAAUAAUUUCCAUGGUCCAAUUCCUGAAACCCUCUCCUCUUGCCACAACUUGAGUAUUCUGGAUCUCAGCGGAGACAAACUCGGUGGAGAGGUUCCUCACAGCUUCAAGAAUCUCCAGGCCUUGACGUCGCUCUCACUUGGAAAUACUAGCAUUGGAAACAUAUCAUCAGCCCUUGGGAUUCUACAAAAAUGCAAAAACUUGACGACUCUAAUAUUGAGUUACAAUUUUCAGGAUGAACAAAUGCCCAGUGACGUGAAUUUGCAGUUUACUAAUCUCAGGGUACUCUUCAUGGAUCAUUGUCAACUCAGAGGAUCAAUUCCACUAUGGCUGAAGGAUUGCAAAAUGCUCAAGCUAUUAAUUCUGUCUUGGAAUCUUUUGGGAGGAAAUUUGCCAUCAUGGCUAGGCAAUUUCAGUGAUCUCUUUUACUUGAAUUUGUCCAACAACUUGUUUACAGGUGAAAUACCAAUAAGCUUGACAGGAUUACAAAGCCUAGCAGACAGGACAAUCUUAAUGGAUGGAAAUUCCACAGGCAUUCCUCUAUACAGGAAGACAGGGGGAUUAGGCAAUUUUUUGCGGUAUAAUAAACUUGGGAGCCAUCCACCAACAUUGGACCUGAGUUACAACAAUCUGGAAGGACCAAUCUGGCCAAGUUUUGGGAACUUGAAAAGAAUUCAUGUUUUAAGACUAAACAAGAAUGAGCUUUCAGGACAAAUUCCAGGUGAUUUGUCUGGAAUGUCAAGCUUGGAAAUUUUGGAUUUGUCCUGUAACAAAUUAUCUGGAGAAAUACCCAGUUCAUUGGUGAAGCUGAGUUUUCUCUCCAAAUUCAAUGUAGCAGAGAACCAAAUUUACGGGGAAAUCCCAAUAGGAGGCCAGUUCUUGACCUUUCCAUGUUCAAGCUUUGAGGGGAACAAUGGUUUAUACGGUGGUGGAGUUUUUGCUUCAUGUCAGCUUGCCCAACAUCCUUCUCCUCCUGCUAUUGAGCCUCCCAGAGAGAAAAUGUCUAUUUUAGGUUUACAGUUUGGGAUAGGUGCUGUAACUGGCUUUGUUCUCACUGUCCUCUUUUGCUUCAUGUCUGGCUGGGUGAUCCCAAAGCCAUAGGCAGAAAGAAGGGACACUAUCAGACACCAACAAAUAGAACUCUGAGUUCUUAUAUAUACACUAUUAAAUUUAAA